AUGGCAGAUCUGGACAAUCCGUAUUAUCUUCAUCCUUCCGAUCAUCCUGGUUUGGUGCCCGUUUCACAACCUUUGUCCGAUGACAACUAUGCAUCGUGGAAGCGUGCGGUGACUCUUGCAUUGAAUGGCAAAAACAAGAUUGGUUUCGUUGAUGGCACAAUUGUGCAACCACCUCCAGAUGAUCCUCAGUUUCGUGCCUGGACUCGGAACAACAAUAUUGUGGCUUCUUGGUUGAUCAACACGAUCAACAAAGGAAUCUUUGCAAGUGUCAUUUACUCCACUACUGCAGCUGAAAUCUGGAAUGAUUUGCAGACUCGGUUUGAGCAACAGAGUGGACCGCGUGUCUUUCAGCUUCGCAAGGAUCUUAUGCAUUGUAUGCAAGGUCCACUCUCUGUGAGUCAAUAUUAUACUCGAAUCAAAACACUUUGGGAAGAGUUAGGUGAAUAUAGGCCAGUUCAUCAUUGUAAUUGUGGUGGUGUGCAACCUCUGCUAGAUCAUUAUCAUAAUGAGUAUGUUUUGAUGUUUCUCAUGGGACUCAAUGAGUCUUUUUCUCACAUCUGA